GGUGUUUAUAAAACUCAUUCGUAUGUUGUCAUAGUUGAUUCAAGAAUAACAUUUUUGAAUGUUUUUGUGUACAGUUUUUCUAGGUUUUUGUCUUUAUGUAAAUUAUGCUUUUGUAUUAUUAACAUUUCAAUGUAGUUUGGUGUUGAAUUUACUUUUAUUCUUUGCUUUUAACUAAUAAGAUCUUGAACAUCAUGUUUGGGGUACUUCUUGGCAUUUUGAGACUGUCAGAAAUAUUAUUUUGCAUUUGAGAACAAUUUAUUAACGUUGGUUUGAGUUGUAUAGUGGCAGGAAGAACGAAAUGUGUGUUCAGCACUUGUUUAUCCUUCAAACAUUAAACCUCUUGAAAAUUUUGAAGUAUUAAACAAAAGUUUUGGAAUUUGUUUUAAAAGAAAAACACUUCAGUCUGUUUGAAGCAUGAAACAUAGGGUGAUUAAUAGUUUUUUAAUUUCCAGCUUUUAAUUCAAUCUUUUGCAGCUUCAGUGCAGAAAUUUUAAAUUAAAUGUAUCUUUUCCCCCUACUAUAUAUACGCAUUUUUAGUAUGUCUAUGUACACAGACUAUUAAAAUAAUACUAUUAUUUGUUUCAAGAGGAAGGGCCUAAAUAAAAAAAAUAUGAUAACCUUUUAAUAUUUUAAAAAUUUUAUUGAAUAUUACUGUGCUAAAGCAAAUGCAGAAUCAUGUAUUAAUUUUUUAAUAUUUUAAAGGGCCGUCUUACUGAUGGGAAAGGCAAAACUGUUGAAUGUAAAGAUGCAAUUUUUAUCAUGACUUCUAACUUAGCAAGUGAUGAAAUUGCAUCACAUGCAAUGCAGUUGCGAGCUGAAGCUGAAGAAAUUGCCAAACAACGAUAUAAUGAUAAUAUUGAUGAUGUAGAAAUGAUUGAAAGAGUUACUAUUUCAAAGGCUUUUAAGGAAAAUGUGGUUCAUCCUAUUUUAAAAAAACAUUUUCGUAGAGAUGAAUUUUUAGGUCGUAUCAACGAAAUAAUUUAUUUCCUUCCUUUUUCCAAAUCAGAGCUUAUAAAGCUAGUACAAAAAGAAUUAGAACUGUGGGCAAAUAAGGCAAAGGAAAGGCAUGGCAUUGAAUUAACUUGGGAUAAAGAAGUCCUGGUUACACUUUCUGAUGGUUACGAUAUACAUUAUGGUGCUAGGUCUAUAAAACAUGAAGUAGAGAGGCGAGUAAUUAAUCAGUUAGCUGCUGCUCAUGAGAAACAGCUAAUUAAAAAAGGUUGUUCUGUUCAUGUAACAAUAGAGGAUAUAGAAAAUCCCUUAAGUGCUCAGAAUGAAUCUGGAAAGCUGAAUAUAGUACGCACUGUAAAGUUGCAAAUGAGGCAAAAAGGUCAAGACAAGCAUUUCCUUGAUUUACCUUUGAGUAAUUUUUCACCUCUAAAUUCAACAUAAAUUUAGACCUCCAUAUCUGUAAAAGCAUACUGUAAAUAAAUCUUUUUAAUUACUA